AUGGCAAGCAAUAGCCAUUAUCAAAACAGCUCUGAAAGGAAGAAGCUUGUAGGAGUUUAUGAGAUUGAUGCCAUUACCGCACUCAAUGCCAAAGUAGAUAAUAUGGUAAGGAAGUUGGACUUAUUGACUACUAACUCUGUUGAUUCUAUUGUGCAAGCAUGUGACAGGUGUAAUGGAGGUGUAAUGGGCAACAUGGGAUUGGAGAAUGCAUAUUUAGGUGCAAACAUUAAUUUUAUGUCUUAUGAAGUUUUCAAGAUGUUAGGGAUGGGAGAGCUGAAACCAACAAGAAUGUCUCUACAGUUGGCGGAUCGCUCAAUCAAAUACCCAAGAGAAAUUGUGGAAGAUGUGCUCAUCAAGGUAGGUAAAUUUAUUUUUCCUAAUGAUUUUGUUAUUCUUGACAUUGAUGAAGAUAGAGAAGGCUCCUUAAUCCUUGGAAGACCUUUCCUUGCAACUGGAAGAGCAUUGAUUGAUGUUUAUAAGGGCAAAUUAACAUUAUGGGACACUAACCUUGUUUUGAAUUGGGAAAAAUAUCAUUUUAUGGUUAGUGAAGGUAUUGUUUUAGGAUAUAAGAUAUCAGAAAAAGGGAUUAAAGUGGAUAAGGUCAAGAUAGAGGUAAUUGAAAAGCUACCACCUCCAAAUUCAGUGAAAGGAGUAAGGAGUUUUCUUGGUCAUGCAGGUUUCUAUAGGAGAUUUAUCAAG